UCUAAGUUCAGUGUCAGCCAGCGCAUUCCCACCAAUGCCUUGUUUACCAAUCAUGCAGCUCCUCGGCUAUUCAUUCAUGACCAUCUUGUCAGUUGGCACCCACGUACUUGCUGACUUGGCAUCGACAUCCUUUCUGCCCAUGUCCACAGGAAGCACUAGUAUGUGCACCUGUAACUGCCCGUCUGCGCCACACUUCGUCGAUAAGGAAAUGAUUUGCCAGAGCUGGUACGAGCGGUGCAUAAUCGACUGUAAUGACAAGGAGAAACUAAAUCUUGGCUUCUGUGACAAGUGGGCGACUGAAUCGAGUGGAAACGGUUGCCAUCACAUGUGUCGAUUGGAAUAGGAGUUAUACGG